AUGGAUCCUUAUUGCAACGGUUGUAAAACUUUUAAAUCGUGUCAUGAAUUUAUGGGUUAUGAUGCCAGAGGUGCACCUAAACAGUUUAAAACAUGUGAUAAAUGCCAUCCAAGGCUCAAUAAAAAACCAAAAAGACCUUUAGAGUCUGAUGACGAUGUUCAACUCCAUAACGAGUAUGAAGUUAUAGAUAUUGAGUUUUUAAGUGAAGCAGUUACAACUCUUUUAGAGUCUACAUCGCAAGAAUUGCAUCUUAAUUGCAAAGUAAAUAUUGCCAAUAAGAAUCUAGCUGAAGAUCUUUCAAACAUCGCCAAUAGUAUCGUUGAUUUGAUCGAAGAUGCUGAUAAAUAUAGUUGGAAUUAUCAACAGAUUUCUGUUUGA